UGCUGGAGCUAGAAUUCCAGGUCCCCUGGAAGAGGGGUGUCACUCAGCCUCUGAACCGUCUCCCCAGCCCCCACACUUAUCUUUUGAGACAGGGUCUCUCAACUGAAGCCGGAGUCAUAAUUAAACUAGGCUGGCUUGCAAGCCCCAGGGAGGUGCCUGUCGCUGCUUCCCUGGUUCGGGAAUUAUAGGGGCAUACUCCUGCAUCUGGCUUUUUAUGUGAGCGCUGGGGGGUCUGAAUUCGAGUCCUCAGGCUUAUGUGACAAUCACUUUACUGACUGAACCCUUUAUCCAUCAUCAUCUUUUAUUGUCCAAAAUGAGCCAGGAGACAGGCCUAGACUGAAGGAUGGGAAAAGACUCCACUUCUGAGAGGAGCCAGUGAGGAACCCAGUGCCAGAAGUGGUCGCUCAAGGAGGGGAGGAGAUGCUGAGUGAGUGGUUUUCCAAGAGGUACCCAGCAUCCGCUCCCUGUCUCUAGUCUCAGAGAAGAGGGACAGAGGGCUUGAUGUUCAGAGGGAUGUCAACUGACCUCCUUGGGACAGACAGAGCCUUCUGAGGGGCUUGGGGGACACUGAGUUAGUGUCAGACCUCAAGUCCUUGGUAAGCCUACAUUCUAGGCAACAUUGCAGCCCUAGCCAUCAGCACAGAGUGGUUACGCCAGGAGGUUUGUUGAAUGACUGAAUGACCCAAGUCUGCUCCUGUGCCAGGCAGGCUCAGAACCUCCUUCUUGAGGUGCCAACCUGACUUGAGAAUGUCUCCACUCGUGGAACACCCCCCUUAUUUGUGUCAGGAGUGGAGGACAUAGAGACCUUCCCAUCUCGCCCCCUCUGUGGGACCCUCUUCCCCACACACAUCAGUUCCUGUCAGAGCCAAGAUGUGUCGCCAUGGAAACUGCUUGGCAAAUGCUGGCAGGCAGAGGCGGCCAGCAGCCGCUCACACUACCCAGCUCCCGGCACCCGCUGAAGUGGCACGAGCUCGCCUGGCCGUGUGUGGACUGUGCACGGCUAGGUGUCAAUAGAUGCUGAGGGACCAGACGAAGGCGGCCUGUGGUUGCUGUCCCCACCUCCAUGUGCCAAAGACAGCCACUGCCCAGGGUGUCAGUGGAGAAGUUCCAGCACAAGGCAGAACUGAGCCACACGGUCUCUCCGUUCAGUAUCCGUCUCGUGGGAGCCCUGAGCAGCUACUCCAUCAGCCUGAGGGAAGGUUCUGGAAGAGACCGUGGCUGUCCCCUGGGAGAUUCAUGGGCCAGAAAAGGAGCUCCAGGGAGUGGCCAGGGGCCACACACACACCAUGCUGCAGUGCAGACCACCCCAGGAGUUCAGCUUUGGGCCCCGGGCCCUGAAGGAUGCCCUGAUCUCCUGCGAUCUGGCCCUGAAGCAGCUCUACACCUCAGCCUUCUCCCCAUCGGAGAGACUCUUCCUGUCCGAAGCCUACAACCCUCACCGGACCCUCUUCAGCACACUGCUCAUCCACUCAGCCUUUGACUGGCUCCUGAGUCGCCCAGAGGCCCCUGAGGAUUUUGAAACCUUUCAUGCUUCCCUGCAGCUCCGGAAGCAGAGCCUGGCCCGGAAACACAUUUAUCUGCAGCCCAUCGAUCUGAGUGAGGGGCUGCUGGGAUGCCCCCUGCUGGACCACCUCCGAAGCUGUGCAGAGGCUUUCUUCCUGGGCCUUCGUGUCAAGUGCCUGCCCUCAGUGGCCGCUGCCUCCAUACACUGCUCCUCAAGACCCAGUCAGGACACUGAUGGGCUCCAGCUUCAUACAGAUGGCAUCCUGUCCUUCUUAAAGAACAACAAACCAGGAGACGCACUGUGUGUGCUGGGCCUCACCCUGGCUGACUUGUACCCCCAUGAUGCCUGGACCUUCACCUUUGGCAGGUUCCUUCCGGGGCAUGAAGUGGGUGUGUGCAGCUUCGCUCGAUUCUCUGGGGAGUUCCUGCAGGCCGGGCCCAGUGUUCCAGACCCAGCUCUGCUGGAGGCGGCAGCAGAUGGCCCUGAGACACUGCCACAUGAGGGAGGCCGGACCCUGUGCUUCAGCGCCCUGGGCAUGGUUCAGUGCUGCAAGGUCACCUGCCAUGAGCUCUGCCACCUCCUGGGCCUGGGGAGCUGUCGCUGGCUCCGCUGCCUCCUGCAGGGUGCACUUAGCCUGGAUGAGGCCAUAAGGAGGCCCCUAGACCUCUGUCCCAUCUGCCUACGGAAACUGCAACACCUCCUGGGUUUCAGGCUCCUGGAGAGGUACAAGAGACUCCACACUUGGACUCGGGCGACGGUGGAGAUGUGGUCUGGCCAAGAGGCCGGGGAACCGUCUGUGUCAGAGGACACCCUGCCCUUCAGUGCUGACUCAGGCAUGGGCUGCGAGAGUGACACAGAGCCUGUCACCAGUCCAUCAGAGCCAGUAACCCCUGAUGCGUGGAGUCAUGCAUUCCCUGAAGGGCCUGAACCGGGGUCUGAGGAUGGCCUGAGCUCUCUGGUGGCCUCAGAAGUGUUGCUGAAACUCGGGGGCCCCGUGGAGGCCAUCGAGGAGUAUGGACAGUGGCUGGAUGCAUGUAUCCAGGCCCUGGAGAGGGAAGUGGCAGAAGAGGAGCUGGUCCAGGUUGAUGCAGCUGUGGAUGCCCUGGGCCGGUGGGAGAUGUUCACAGGGCAGCUCCCAGUCACCAGGCCGCACCUGCCCUGUGGCAAGGACAAUGUGGGGCUGCGCAGGGUCCUGGAGGACAAGUUAUUUUCCCUGAGGCGGCGGCUGAGCUCUCGAAGACUUGCCAAGGCCAGUUCUUCCCACUGCCACCGGGGGACAGAGAAUUAAUGCAGAGAGAUGGACUAUCCAAUACAGUGAAGUCAGCUCCUGGCAUUUUUUCCUGAAGAUACCAACUGACCAUGCCUGCCCAGUGACUGAGGGCACUCUGGUAUCUUCAGGGUUAAAAGAAAUGUCCCCAGAAGCUGAAGAAAAGCUCCUUGGGUGCUUGACCACAGAGUCCCUGUGUUAUGUGGUCUGAAGCUGUGGCUGAGAGGCAGGAGUUAGCCAAAUGCUCCUUCUUCCCUACAGGAGGGGCUCUGGUCUGUCUAAUUACUCACAGCCGGAGCUCUGGACCACCCGAUGGCACGGGUUAUGUGGCUAUGUGUAUGUUUCUCUGUGUGUGUCUGUGCACAUGAGUGCAGCUGCCUAGAGAGGCCAGAAGAGGGCGUCCGAAUCCCUGGAUGCCAUGACAGGAAGUUGUGAGCUUGCAAUUGAACUCAGGUCCUCUGCAAGUGCAGAACACACCUUUGAUGUCUGAGCCGUGUGUCCAGCACUGUCUCUUUUCAACCUUGUGUCGCUCACAUGGGGUUCUUUUCUGUGGCUGGAGGGAUUUUCUGCUCAUCAAGGCCGGCACAGGUCUUUGUGAAGCUCCUAGAGAAAUUUGUGCCCUGUGAGGUUAGCCAUGUCUUCAGAAAGAAAUGGGUUGAUGGGGUGACUAAUGUGCAGGUUCAUGGGGUUGGGCAUAGAAGGCAGAGCUGCCCCUUCUCCAGCCCUGAGGCUGCUGCUGGUGCCGUCACUACCAGUUAGGCCAGUGUGGUGGUGGCGGCUCGGCUCCUCUUUGAUGGUAUUCUUCCUGUCUCAGUCUAUACACUCCUGACAGAAGAAGGGUAUUAAAAUUAUUCAUCCACAGCUGUGUUUUUCCCCUUUGUUUCUGUGCCGUGUAAUGUUGAAGCUCUUACACACACACACACACACACACACACACACACACACACACACACACACAGUUUUCCUAAAGUGACCCUCAUUGUUCUCUAAUGUCCCAGCUGGCUAGCGAUGCCAGGCUCACUAUCCCGAGAGGGGAGGAGGGUGGGGGUCUUGGCAAGUAGAGGGGGGCGUGUGUACCUGGUGAGUGGCUGUGUUAGUCUCCUUUUCACGGCUGUGACAAAAGGCCCAAGGCAAUCAACAAUAAAGAGAGAUUUGUUCGGGCUCACGGCUUCUGAGGACUGCUCUGUGGUGGGCUGGCCCCACCGCUUUUAGGCUGCGGUGAGGGAGAACAUCACUGUGGGUGGAGAGCGUGUGGAGAGAUGCUCACCUUACCAGGAAGCAAAGCAGGAGGGCCAGUGAACUACCCACCCUUUAAGGGAAUAUCCCCACUGACUGCUUCCUGCCAGGCUCUCUGCAGGUUCCUCCUGGUUCCUAUCACUACCCCCACCCCUCACGGUUUUGUUUUCUUUGUGUCUUUU